GAUUCGUUUUAGGACCUUCUUGGUACCUUUUUUUUUUUUUUGGGGGGGGGGGGGAAUUAAUAAAAGUAGCAAGUAGAGUAAUUAGACAUAUUUCAUAUGCAUCAUCUACAUUCUACCAAUAUUUAUUUUUUCAUGUUUUUCCCAUCCACAUGUGAUAAAGUUGAAGCUUCGUAUUUCCUAACCAUGGUAGCUUCAUCAAGCCUCUCUAGGUAACCAUGGUUAACUGCGUUUGUUAAGCACCUAAAUAAGAUAUAAAAAAAAAAAAUUCCCAACCCAAAUGUUUUAAGAGAGAGGGAGAGAGAGAGAGACGUUCAAUGCUCUAGCAGAACACACAGGAAAAAAGGGAAAAAAAGGAAAAAGAAGCUUCGAUUUUUCUCCUGUUCUUCCGAUGCUCUUAGAUUUGUCGUGCUUUUGAUCGUUCGAACAAUAGCUCACAAAUCGGAAAACCUUGACUUAUAUUCUUCAAUCUUGUUGCUGAGGGCUAGAGCUAAGAAUGGCAUCAAUGGUUGCGAAGGGAUGUAGUAGUAGUAGUCAAAUGUCUCCAUCUAUGUCCGUCCAAGAAAAAGGAAGUAGGAAUAAGAGAAAAUUCCGGGCUGAUCCUCCACUAGUUGACCCAAAUAAGAUCCUCUCUUCUGCUCAUAAUGAAUGCCCAAGUUAUGAAUUCUCUGCAGAGAAAUUUGAAAUCAUCCCAAGUCAUGUGCAACCCAGUGGUUGUGACAUGUGUAGUGUUAACCAGGACCAUUCUGAUGCUUUGAAACUUGACCUUGGAUUGCCAAGUGCUGCAGGGUUAUCAGAGGUGGGGCCAAGUCGGACUAAAGAGGAAAUAGAAGCAGAUGAAUUCCAUGAUGCCGAUUGGAGUGAUCUUACUGAAAGCCAGCUUGAAGAACUUGUUCUGAGCAAUUUGGACACAAUUUUUAAGAGUGCAAUCAAAAAGAUUGUCGCCUGUGGUUAUACCGAAGAGGUUGCCACAAAGGCUGUUUUGCGGUCUGGCCUUUGUUAUGGAUAUAAAGACACUGUGUCAAACAUAGUGGAUCAUACUUUAGCAUACCUCAGAAAUGGCCAAGAGAUUGAUCCAUCUAGGGAGCAUUAUUUUGAUGAUUUACAGCAGCUGGAGAAGUACAUUUUGGCAGAAUUGGUUUGUGUUCUUCGAGAGGUGAGGCCUUUCUUCAGCACUGGGGAUGCAAUGUGGUGCUUGUUAAUAUGUGACAUGAAUGUGUCGCAUGCUUGUGCAAUGGAUGGUGAUCCUUUGAGUAGUUUUGUUGGUGAGGGAGCUUCAAAUGGCAGUUCCUCUAUACCGCCCAACCCUCAAUUGAAGCCCGAGGUCAAAACCUCUGAAAUGAAUCUUCCAAAUCCUUGUAAACCAAUUCCUGCAACUCCUUGUGCUCAUAGUUCUCAAUCUGAGAUACCAUCCAUGGCAGGUGUUCCAAACUUAAUGAAAACAAAGAGCUCCCCCCUUCUCAAUGGGCAAAUCUUGGAGAAAGAGAACACAAUUUCUUCACCUGAUAAUGUGGACAAAUCAUUUAGUGUUGCAGGAACAUCUCAGCCUCCUGUCCAAGAAGAAAAGUUUGGGAGCAGUAGAAAGGUUCAUUCUGGUAGUGCCAAGAGAGAAUCUAUACUUCGUCAGAAGUCCCUUCAUCUGGAGAAAAACUACCGAACGUAUGGAUCUAAAGGGGUUUCAAGAACGGGGAAGCUCAGUGGUUUGGGAGGAUUAAUAUUGGAUAAGAAACUAAAAUCCGUGUCAGAUUCCACCGGUGUGAAUCUGAAAAAUGCCUCCUUAAAGAUAAGUAAGGCAAUGGGUGUUGAGGUACCUCAAGAGAAUGCAAACCAUGGCCAUUCAACCAAUGCAGGACCCUCUUCCCCUGCAGCAUUUAACCUUGAAUCUGUGAAUGCUGUAUCUCCAUUGCCUAAAAUCAGUAUCCCCUCUGCAUUACCUUCAGCCAACACCUCACCUGCGUUACCAGCGCCUGCAUUAUCAGCAGCUGAUACUGAGCUUUCUCUUUCACUGCCUUCAAAAUCCAACUGUGCUUCUGUGCCUGUCAACUGUAACCCCGAUUCUCCUAAUUGUGGCUAUGCUGGGAUACCAUAUGAUAAAUCUCUAGGGCAAUGGGUUGGCCAGGACAAGAAGGAUGAGAUGAUUCUGAAGAUGGUUCCCAGAGUGCGGGAAUUGCAAAACCAGCUUCAGGAGUGGACAGAGUGGGCUAACCAGAAGGUUAUGCAAGCUGCUCGUCGGCUGGGCAAGGACAAGGCUGAGCUCAAGACACUAAGGCAAGAAAAAGAAGAAGUGGAACGCCUUAAGAAAGAGAAGCAAACUCUGGAGGAAAGCACCAUGAAGAAGCUCUCUGAGAUGGAGAAUGCCUUGUGUAAGGCCAGUGGUCAGGUUGAGCGGGCUAAUUCUGCUGUUCGGAGGCUUGAAGUGGAGAAUUCUGCAUUGAGGCAGGAGAUGGAGGCUGCUAAAUUACGAGCUGUAGAGUCUGCUGCCAGCUGUCAGGAAGUAUCAAAGAGGGAGAAGAAGACACUGAUGAAGUUUCAGUCGUGGGAGAAACAGAAAACUGUUUUUCAGGAGGAGCUUUCAACUGAGAAGCGCAAAUUGGCUCAACUGCAGCAGGAAUUGCAACAAGCUAAAGAUCUCCAGAAUCAACUUGUGGCUAGGUGGAAGCAGGAAGAGAAGGCAAAGGAGGAAUUGCUUAUGGAAUCCAGUUCGCUGAGAAAAGAAAGAGAACAGAUUGAGGCUUCAGCAAAAUCAAAAGAGGAUAUGAUCAAAUUGAAAGCAGAAAACAAUUUGCAGAGGUACAAAGAUGAAAUCCAGAAACUUGAGAAAGAAAUUUCUCAAUUGAGAUUGAAGACGGACUCUUCAAAAAUAGCGGCCCUAAGGAGGGGCAUUGAUGGGAGCUAUGCCAGUAGACUAACAGAUACCAGGGGUGCACCGGGUCAUAAGGAGCUGCUCGUGUCACCUAAUUUAUCUGAACUAGUGACAGAUUUCCAUGAAUACUCCUGGAAUGGGGGUGUGAAGCGAGAGCGGGAGUGUGUGAUGUGCCUUUCGGAGGAGAUGUCUGUGGUUUUCCUUCCAUGUGCCCAUCAAGUGGUUUGCACAACAUGCAAUGAACUCCAUGAGAAGCAGGGAAUGAAGGACUGCCCUUCUUGUAGGAGCCCCAUCCAGCGGCGUAUUUCUGUAUGUUAUGCUCGCCCUUGACUUCGAUUUCCUGGACUGAGUCUGAGUGUUCUGAAUAAUAAAAUUUGUGGGAAUCUUGUGAAAUGAAUAAUGCAUUUGAAUGCCCUCUCAGACAAUGGAAACGCCCUUGCAUAUUGCGAUAUUGAUGCUUCAUGUGUGCUUUCUUCCUUUUGUCA